UAGCGGCAAGAGAGGCGGAAGGAAGCGGGCGUUGCAUCGCUUGGCUUUGCACAUCUAGCAUCAUCCUGCGAGAGCUGUCUCCGGACAUGGGCGAUGUGGUUGUUGCAAUCGCUCUGCCGCCCGCCUCUUCUAGGUUCCCGGUGCGCGCGAGGGAUUCGGCCCGCCUGCGUCUUCUGCAGCUGGAAGGGCAAGCCCACAAAGCCUGAGCCGCUUCUGCAAAGAGAUCCCCGCUGCGUGACUGGAUCUUCUCAAGACGCUUCCUAUAAACACAUGGAAAAUGGAGGACGGAAGAAGACAGUUAUCUGCAUUGAGGGGAAUAUUGCAAGCGGGAAGACAACAUGCCUGGAUUAUUUUGCCAAAAAUACCAGCAUUGAGGUGUUGACUGAACCAGUAUCUAAAUGGAGGAACGUUCGUGGUCAUAACCCUCUGGGCUUAAUGUACCAAGAUGCAUCCCGCUGGGGGAUAACAUUACAGACUUACGUGCAGCUGACUAUGUUGGACCAGCAUAUAAAGCCUAUGAUUUCACCUAUUAGAAUGAUGGAGAGGUCGAUCCACAGCGCCAAAUACAUUUUUGUAGAAAACCUUUACCGAAGUGGGAGAAUGCCGGAGGUGGAUUACGUGGUAUUGACAGAAUGGUUUGAGUGGAUCAUAAUGAACAUGGAUGUUUCAGUUGAUCUGAUAGUUUAUCUACAGACCUCUCCUGAGACAUGUUAUGAGAGACUGAAGAGAAGGUGCAGGGAAGAGGAAAAGGUUAUUCCUAUGGAAUAUUUAGCAGCUAUUCACCAGCUCUAUGAAGAGUGGCUCAUUAAACAAACAAUGUUCAAAGUUCCUUCCCCGGUUCUUGUGCUUCAGGCUGACCAUGACCUUCAGGAUAUGAUGGAAAAAUACGAAGAGAAUCAGGACCGAAUAUUAACCCUUUGCACCAAGCAGCAUUGUGUAUAGAAACAGAUUUCCCUUAAUGUACAGUUCUUGCUUGUAGAAACCAGUUCUAAGGAGGAGAUCUGAGGAAUAAAUGUGAUAUGAACACCUCAUAUAAAUAUAAAUAAUAAUUAUCUAAAUUAUCUAAAUAAUUAUGAGGGGUUGUUUUUUUUGUAGGAUGCAAUAUUGUACAACUCCUUGUAAUUUGUAAAGUACCUUUUAUGUUGAAUGAGAACUUAGGGAAAAACAGGUUUUGAUAUGAACUUCUAUCUUUACCUGUAGUUAUACACUGAUAACUUCUAUUAUUCCAAAAUGUUGCUGCUAUUAUAAAGCUAUGUCAAAGACUGCUUUCUAAAAAGUCCCCUCUGAAAUGUCCAUGUAUAUUCAAAUCUUACUCUUACUUCAGUUCAAUGGAAAGACAACAAGGAGAGAGCCUGUCUUCUGUCUCUAGGAAAGGAGUUCCAAAAUCUGGGAGCAGCCACCAGGAAGGCUCUAUUCUGCAUCCUCACCAAAUGUGCUAGUUAGGGUGGUGGGACUGUGAGAGUAGGGCCUUCCCUCAAAGAUCUCAUGAGAGAAUGCAGCCCUUCAGAUAGCCUGGGCCCAAACUGCAUACUGUAUGCAGAUCUCCUAUACAGAUUCUGUCUUUCAUUGGCAUCCUAAGUCUAGUUGAAAUAAGUCUGAGUGUGGGUGCAACUUUAAAUACUUCCAGUACAGAAUAUACCCCACUCAGGACACACACUCCCAUUGCAUUGGAACAAGAGUAUAAUUUUGAUAAGUUGCUUGGUUUUUUAAAAAAUGUGUAUGUUUUUUGUCCAGAUGGCUACAUAAUCUGUGUAAACCUUUUCAAUAGUUUAUGGAAAGUAACUGCAGGGUUUAGAAAAUGCAGUGUCUCAAAAAUAUUUUAAGAUUCCUUCUACUACUUCAUUAAAUUUCUGGUGCUGUCUAAAUACAUCUCUUGAAUACUUAAUUAAACAGAGCAGUUUUAAAGCAGUUUGCUUAAUUUAUUCUCAUUGGAACACUGAUUUCUGAGGUAUAGCGGAUCUUUAACUCUGUCUCAGAUGAAUGGGCUAGUUUUGAAAUACUGGCGGAAAAAACCCACAGCAAACCCCUAGAGGAAGUGUUCUUGGGAUUUGAUUCAAAUAUACUUUUACACUUCUGAGCUGGGAUAAGGCUGAAUAAAAAUCCAAAUGCCUAUCAGAGGCAUUUAUAAUUAGCUAGUUUAAUGGUACUGCCAAAUGACCUGAUUUAUGUCACAUUAGCCUAGAAACAUUGCGGUCAUGUUCCAGAUUUAAGAACCAUGAAAGAUGCAACGUUUUCCAGACAUGUAUAAUUGUAACCAAAAGAAGACACUAGUCACUAGUUCAACUUUCACAUGUUACUUGGAUUGAAAAAAAAACAUCAUCUGGGACUCGAUCCUAAGAUUCAGUCCACAUGUGCAUGUUCAUUACCUGGUGACUUAGCAAUGCAAAUUGUCACUGACGAAAUCCCCAAUCUAGCCCCUUAUGUGCAUUCCCUUUAAUUCCAACAUUGGGACUUCGUAUGCAAUUUGCUUGCUUGCGUGUUUUUUUACAGUACUGUAGUCUUCCAUACAUAUUAUAAUGCAGGCAGCACUAUGCAAAAUGCUAAGCCUUUCCUGCUAGACAGUAGCAUCUUUAUUAUGGAGACUGACCCCUCGUGAGAAGGGCCAUAGCUCAGUGGUAGAGCAUGGGCUUUGCAUUCCAAAGAUCCCAGGUUCAAUCCCCAGCAUUUCCAGGCAGGACAGAGAGAGCCCUUCACAAAGCCUUGGAGAGCUGUUGCCAAUACUGAACUAGAUAGACCCAAUAGUCAGACACUAUCUAAGGCAGCUUCCUAUGUUCCUAGAUGGGAGUUCAACUGCUUAUGUAGCCAUGACUGGCUGCCAAGAGUUUACCUGGCAGUGCUGUUGGUUGCGAGCUGCCACUAAUUUCCCACAACGUCCCAGUGUAGCACUAUAUCAGGGUCAUUGUGGGAAAUGAAUGAGUGCAGCAACUAAAUUCAGCUGCUUGGAGCAGUGUGCAAAAAUUUUUUAAAGGUCAAGAGUCUGCAAUAAGCCCAGCUAAGGCCUGGGACCCCAUCAACUGCACAAACAUGCCAGGGAUUAAUGCAGCCUUUAGUUCCUAAAACCUGUAUAAGCUCUCUCCCAUUUUUCUGUUCUCUGCAACUUUCUGGGAUGCAUCCCUUUUGCCACUUGGAAAAUAGAUAGGAUUGCUGUGCCUGCUUCUGAUUGCCUGGCUCCACAAACCUAUAGGUUCCCAUUGCCU